UUUGUCCGAUUUACUUUGAUCUUCCAAAGCCUGGCAAAGGUUUCCAAAUGGCAAUCAUUGCAUUUCAGAUCUUUAGUCGUGGAGUCAUCAGGUCAUGAACAGUUUCAAGUCCAGUAGACCUACUACUAAUCCGUGUGCUAGAUCUACUACAAAGUAAUCAGUGACAGUGUGCAAAACCAGUCCAGGGCAAGAGAUCGUGUACGUGUGGAGAGUGAAAGGUGUUGAACUGUUACUUGAAGUCAGCAGCUCCAUUUGUCCUGUAUGUCAUUGUGGCCACGAGAUUGUCCUUUUGGGCAAUGCGAAGUAAGUCGAGAGCCGAACAGACAAGUGCUUGUAAAGUGAGUUCAUACUUCAAACUUCAAACUACAAUGGCAUGUUUGUAGUAACUAGUUCAUGGUCACUCGAUAUGUUGAGUCUACCCGAGAUUCGGUACCCGAAAUGACUCUUGAUAGCGGAGUUACGGUAGCAGCGAUACUCCAACCAAACGCUGCAAAUGGUCUGAUUCCUCAAGUCCAGAGAAGUCUGAAAUCCCGCGUAGCGAUCGCGCUCUCACCCGUAGCCUACGCGUAGGUCCGUACUACAUGUACUGGUCGCGGUGUGGAUCUAGGGGAUUUUGCCUGAACGCACCCAGGCUGCAGCUACACUACAGCAGCUGAUCUACGACUACGACUAGCCAUGAUGCCACCGCUACCGGACGCGCAGCAUGGUUGCCUUGCCUGCUGCCGCAGCACGUGCACAGCUCUCAUGCUGGUAAUCGCUGCUACGGCCAUCUUGUCCAUGUGCGCAGCAGGCAAAUGCACUGCUUCUCAACUCAGCCCAGCACCAAAGAAGCCUUUAUCGGCUGAGGAGAAGUCUGCGUACCGUUGCGAGUGGAUAGUUCACGUUGAUGACGCACUGGCCAGUGGCGAUCAGACUCUUGGGUCACACAUAAUAGACACGGUGCUGCCGGUGGACAGGAUACAUCAUAACGAUAUGACUGGUGAUCUACUGCUGCAGUAUGUGACAAGUUCCAGACCACUUAUUGUCACUGGAUUAGUGGAGUCAUGGCCAGCAUAUCGUACAUGGAAUCUUUCCUGGUUCAUUGAAACUUACACUGAGUACGGAUCUCUGUAUGAUUGGGGGCAGCAGCAUUCGGAACUCACAGUGGACGAUUACCAGAGAAAGGUAGCAGAGAACCCCAGAACGUAUGUCGCAUGGGUGGCAAGCGGAGUGGAACCUGAAGAAACCAACGCCAAGAUGAUGAAGGACAUGGACGACCAUCCACCAUUCAUGCCAGCUCGAGAGCCGCACAGUACAUUGGUGCACUGGGUAUACGGUGGCUUGCCUGCAGCUGGAGCCACGACGCAUCGUGACAAUGUCUGUGAUGGCACCUGGACAGCACAGUUCAAGGGAGAGAAGCAGUGGUGUUUCAGUACUCAUCGACGGCUCUCGGACAACACACAGAACUUCUAUGCUGUGACUCAACAACCGGGUGAGAUGAUUAUAUUCACCAUUCCAAUGUGGCACGGAACCUACCUUCUCUCCGAAUCAUUCAGUGUACACGGGUAUUUCCCGCUUGAUUCAGCCACGAAUUUCACAGAAAAGUUUGACAACUUGACCAGGGAGGAUGCAACACUUGAUGAAGACUACUCUCACUGCAUGCCUGGUUUCCGUUCUGCAAGGGACUCCCUGCUGUACUGGGACAUUGAGGGUGUGGUCAUAAUGGCGGUAAUCGGGUUCCUUGCCCUGUCAGCUAUGAUCUUUCUUCGGAGAUUGCUGCUGCUGCGUUCCAGACCCUCACUUGAAGACUUGAAAAGGGAAUGAUGUCCCUGCUACCUGCAUCAGCCUUAGUCCUGAUGACACUGCCCUAUCGCUCACCUGUUCUAUAGCUGGAUGUAAUUCCGAUCAUCCCUACUCCGCUGCGUGCUCCACGAGCCCGGGACUGUUCAGAACACUUUAUAUACUGUGGAGAUAGCGAUAUUUCCCGGUGCGUGACACUUGAUUUCCCCUUAUUUCCCCUCAAUACAUUGCUUGGCCGAUUCCACAGUAACAGUCAGGAUGCUGGUUAACUUGUCUCCUUGAAUACCCUAAUUCACGAAAAAUGCAUUUCAUUUCGGAUUGUCCUACGGAUAUGCUGCACUUACAUCAAAAAUUUAAUCUAUCUUUAUGCGUCAUUACAUUUCUUUUCUAGUUUUUCUUAUGCUUCAUUAUCCACAGCAACACACUACCACAAUAGCCACACCAACAGUGACGAUGGCGACAAAGAUGACAACGACGUCAGCGACAACAAUGACAACGACAAUAACAACAACGACGGCGGAUAACGACAACAGCAGCAGCAGCAGCAGCAACAACGCGAGAAUAAAGAAUUAUUAUUAUU